CAUAGACCAUGGUUUAGUUCGAUUUCCAGCCUCGUACCGUGCAUUAGCCGUAGAUUGACGUGUGUGUUUUGGAGUAGCGAGACGCGGAUUGUUGUGUCCAAUUUACAGUUUUCCUUCGGGGUCCCUCGUGUGUUGAUUAGGAGCAGCAUUUUGUUUUCUUCGUUGAAACCGUGAGUUUCCUCAGGUGAAGGAGCCAUAAAUAAAAAUAAUUUCCCUCAGAGGAGAAAAUAAAACCAAGCAGAAAAACCGGAUAUUUGUGUGCUGGCAGCUAGCAGCCGAAAAAAUCGAUAACCAGUGGCAGCUGAUUCAUUGAGGAAAAUUUUCGUUUCUCUCAAAGGAACUACCAGUGAUAAGUUUUGUGUUCCGGUUGUUCUUCCAACAGAAAGUGUUGUGGUUGAUCCAAUUUUGGUUCACUUCUUUUGCGUUCCCGUAUUUGUUAAUUAAACCUAACCAGUUCAAAAUGGCAACCUAUGCUGCAUUCAAACACGUCGAGCUGUACAAUGUUGGCAAUGCCAAGAAGAGGGUCCUGAAGCCUCCAGGUGGUGGAAGCAGCGAUAUCUUUGGAGCCGACCAGCAAACUCCACGCAGCAUGAACAAGAACCGGAUGCAGUCCAACAUCUUCGCCGAGGGCCAGAAGAAUGGAGUUUUCCGACAAGGCGCCCACAGAUACUACUAUUUCGCCGAAACCCCUCGCCGCAACGGUCCCGGUCAGGAUUCGCACAACCGGCUGUUCGGUGAGCUGGAACGCCCGUACACCCCGGCCAAGAACCACAUGAAGAGCAACCUACCGAUCGGGGAUACCACGGAUGCUGCCGCCAACGGAAAAGCCAACGGCCAUGGCAAAGCCACCAACGGCCACCAUCAGAACGGAAACGGAACUUCCUCGGCCCCGAAAACCAACGGACAUCACCAGAACGGAAACGGAGUGUCGGAAAAGACCAAUGGCCACAGCCACAGCAACGGGCACAGCAACGGCCAUCACUCGAACGGACACAGCAACGGAUCUUCCGCUUCCUCGGCGCCUUCCCAGAAUGGAUCCUCGCACAUCUUCCUGAGGAGAUUAACUUCCGCAACGUCGCCCAAGUCCUCGUCGAUGUCCUCGUUCCAAACGUCUUCGUCGUCUGCGUCCCAAACAUCUGCUGAGACGCCCCGCUCGCCCCGAUUUGCCCAACGGAAUCCGGUCACCGGAAACGGUGUCGAGGACUACGCCGACAAACCGCGGAAACCGAGCACGAGGCGUGGAGGAGAAAAUGGCAACCCGGUGACCGGUGAAGGCUACAAAUCGGGUGGCGCAGCGGAGAUCAACACGACGAUCCCAUCGCUAAAUGGAGCCGGUGCCGUCAUCAACAAGAAUCGCAUUCCCCCGGGCGGUUUCUCCUCCGGGCUGUGGUAGAUGCCACGAGCAACCGAAACGAUAUAAUAAAAACAAAAAACAAAAACUAACAGAAUAAUCCCGGAUGGAAAGCCGGGAUCAAAUACGAGAAGAUGCGAGCAGAAAAUCAUUGUUGCCAGAAUUGAAUUUCGAUUGACGGUUGAUUUUUUUUUGCGGAAAAAGAGGAUCGUCCUGUGAGAAUGAUAUAAUAUUUAAACAUUAACGAAACACAUAUACAGUGUCACAAAUUUCAACCACAACACAAACACACACACAGCCACACAACAUACUACUCUCUAUGCUAUCUAACACUACCACCACGAGGAAAAAAACACGGAGGGAAAAAUCCGCAAAUUGAAACGUUCUAUGUGGGGAAAAUCAAUCAACUCAUGAACCAAUACAACAAAACGCCAGAAUCGUUGCCGCCCGGAAGAAACCCAAAUAUCAACAAAACACACACACAUGCAUACUCAUGAUUAAGAAUCAGCUCUUUCACGGAGAGUUGGCUUAAAAUCCCGAAAAAAAAGCCAACCGAUUUAACUUCGUUCCGAAUCUUGAAGAUCCUUGAAGCGAAAGGAUCGCAAUAAUCAGUAAUAAAAAUAAUUAAAGAAACAAAAAACAAGUGAAUAAAUUCGAGUUAAACAAAUAUAAACGUGUUUACGAGCAAUUAACCCCUUUUCUGUGUAGAAUAGAGGAACAAUAGAUCAGAAUUUUUAAAAAAAAUCACAAUAGCGAAACCACAACAACAACAACAGUUAAAAAAGAAAGGAAAUAAAUCUCUGUAGAUUCCGGUUUGAAUUUUGCGGAUGAUUGUAUCCCGAGUUGAGCGAGAGAACGAGAAAAAACGAAACCAAUUGAGGUUGAGAACGAAUUUUUGAGGUUAGGUGAGGUGUGUGUGGUCACAUCUGUUUGAAGGAUGCGAGACGAAGAUGGAACAAGCUUGAAGUAUUUAUUCUUAAAGACACCAUUUAUUAACAGAAAAAAAAAGUUUAAACUACAAAUAACGCAACCGUGUAGCGAACGAAGUUUAUCAGAAAACAAAUCUUACUAACAUCAGCAAAAUGUGUUGAGAUCAAUUACCUUAACCUAUCUUAUAUACACGCUGAGAAAAAAUAGGUACCGUUUUGAGAAAACUUUUUUUCUUUAUUCAAAACUGGUAGACAUUAUUGUAGACCCAUUUCAAAGCUUGUCAAUUGGAUUUUUUGUGUGUGGUCUGAAGAAAGAAAAAAACGAGAAGAUGACGACAAGCUAACUCCAUCCAGUAGUGGUUGUUUCCGCGUAUUCUUAACAUAUUGAUAGAAUCGAUUUUGUUUGGGUGGAAUUUUUGUGUUUUUCCUUUUUUGCCAACCGAAUCGAACAGUUUUUCCCCUCAAUAUCAAUUUAGGUGUCAUUUUUUUCUGCGUGUCGUUAGCCUUCCUGCCACUAAGAAUAAAGGAUCUAGAUUUGGUUAAAUUAAUCAGAAAUAUUUCCAUACGCGAGACAAGCUAACAACAAAAAAACAAGUUUAAGAAAAAAAAACUAAGCCGAAGGAAGGUUUCACCAAACGACACGUUCGAUAAAAUUACAACCCAUAUUUUGUCCCCUUUCCUCGUAAUCAUAGAGUUUAUAUUACAUAUACAUUUGUCGUAUUAUCGUAUAUUUGUAUUUUUCCCAGUUUAUUCCCCGAAAGACAAGAAUUAAGAAGAGAAAAAAAAACCCAUUAGUGUGUAAUAAUUUGAACACGAUUGACUCGAAGACGAACGAACUUUCUUCUUCCAGCUAUUAUUUCCGGGUGCCACUUACAAGUUUGGUUUGAAAGCUUUUCUAUAUUUAUUUCACCAAUGCUAUUUUGUACAACAACAAAGCUAGAACGAAAUUAAGAGAAAAAAAAUCCAAGUAAAUUAGAUUGUGAGUUAACGUGGCCUCAAACUGUGGUGUGGUAACCUUCACGAAGGACACACCCGUUAGAAAGAAGAGAUAAAGUAAAAAUAUAUGACUUAGAAAACCCUCUUAGAACCCCAUCCUCAAACGAAGGAAAAAUUAUCUAGUUAGAAAGUGUAUGAAAAAGCAGGUGAUGCCAUCAAAAACAAAAAAAAAUUAAACAAAAUUUAAAGUACUUCUCUAAAGUUUGGAUCGAGAAAAAAAAGGAAACAAAAUCAAACGCAUGAUUUUACGGAUCAAAUUCUGUGCACUAGGGUAAUAGUUGGAAAGGAAAAAAACCCCAAAAGGCAAAAAAACGUGAAGAGAAAUGUAAGAAUUUACAUACUGUUGAAAUAUGAAAAUAUAAACUGAACAGGAGUAAAGCGAUGUCGAUACAUUCUAUACAUAAAGCAUAUAUAUAUUACAUAUUUGAAAAACAAUAAAUAAAGAAACAAAAAAAUUAAAAAAUAACAAGUGGAUAAAACAAUCUUUUCCUUGCCCUGUCUCCCCUCCCGGAAAACAAAUCAAGCCCUUGUGAACCUUUUUCUUCCUACCCGAAUCUUGUCAAAUGUAGCAAAAACAUAAGUCGCAUUUCGAACGUGCGAGAGAGUGAACAAAAAAAAACAACAGUAAUCAUACAAAACAAGAGUUGGAAUGAUCAAAUAUCAAACCAUAUUUCUUACUAUACUAUAAAUGUACUCGAUCAGAAAACAAAACAAACACUUCUUUUUUUUCAUUUGUAAUAAUAAAUUUUAAUUUAAUAA